AUGGCAGAUUCACAAACUCAAUUAGAUCUAUUAAAACGAAUCAUCAAGUUUCAGACAGAGAAUGAUGUUAUGAUUACACAAGUGAGAAAAGGACAGGCUGAACUUAAAGCUAGAAUUGCCAAAUUGGAACAGAAUGUAACGAUGAUUAAAAAAGAAAUGAGAUUUAAGAAAAACCGCAAAUUUCAGAAUAAAUGCAUUCAGAUAGCUAAAGAAAUUCUUAAUGAAGAACCGAUAAUUGAGUAUCGUCCUGCUUUUUUGAAAGGAUUGGAAUUUGAUGCCUUUUUUCAAAAAUAUCGAAUUGCAUUAGAAGUGCAAGGAAGCCAGUACCGGUUUCAUAAUACUAGUUGGUAUAAGGAUGUUAAAAAAUUCGAAGACAUUGUUAAUCGUGAUCGUCUAAAGAGAUGCAUAUGUCAAGAUAAUGGAAUUUUUCUACUUGAAGCAUGGUAUGAUGAAAAUCCAGAAAUCGUUAUUCCGAAGAGGAUACAAAAAAUUAAGAAUUUAGCUAAUCAAGCUUCCAAAAUUUUUGACUUAUAA